AUGACGGCGCAAACCGAUGCGGAUCUCAGCGACUCUAUCCCAGCACAGGGCUGGCUGCACCUGAGGCUGGUCUGGAACGCCUCGAACGAGUUGGUCCUCCUCGCCCAGGAUAAAGGAUUCCGUACCGCCCUCCACCAUCCGAAGGCCAAGCCCGACCCCCUCGGGGAGGGCUUUAACGUCGGCCUCAAUGUGAAUUCAUACGUUGGCGUGAGGAAGAUGAGUCUUGAACGCCUUCGUCUAGUUACAGGAGGGGAUUGCGCCUUCGAUUCCUAUGUACAAGAACGCUUCGACAAAAGGAUUUUCAAAGUUUCAGAUCAAAACAAAUAUUCCAAAAAGGUAGUGGGCUUCAUCGGUACACUAGGCGUACUGCUUGGCCUCUACGCUGGUCUGUCCUUCGUCUCCGUUCUAGUAGUGUUGGAGUGGAUGUUGGACUUGGUCUUGUACGGUUGGAGGAAGCCGAAGAAAAAACUGGGGAGAAAGAAAAUGGCCGUCAUCACUUGGAGAGAACCUCUUCAACUGGAGCAGACGAAGACGGAAGCGUUGGGUUCAGGGAUCCCAGGGGAUGGCAUUCUCCGUAACUACAGCCCGCAAAUUGAAGCUCAGAGAGCAGGAUUCGAAAUUGUCUUCUCUGACAAAGUGAUGUUAUAG